UCAUUUUUAAUGUUUACGAAAAGUUCUGUGGUUAGUUUCUCUUUGGUUUACAUCUGACAUCUUACGUAAAUUAUAGGUUCAAAAGUUUUUAAGGAUUCGGAUAAAGCUAAGCAAAAAUGCUGCGUUCAAUUACAACAUCUCAAAGUUGUCAGAUUAUAGCCAGUAAUCUGAAAAAUUCUCAGGGAAUAUUUGGGAAUGUGAUAUUCAGGAAUCAAACAACACAGCCACAAACUCAAAAAGAACAGAAUGUUCCCCCAGAAAACCAACAAUACAAACCAUACUCACCAUUUCAAGUUUCCCGUUCAAAUUUGGCAGAAUUUGCCCUUGCAAGAUUGGAUGAUUUACUCAAUUGGGGCAGAAAGAGUUCUAUGUGGCCCAUGACAUUCGGGUUGGCUUGUUGUGCUGUAGAGAUGAUGCACUUUGCUGCACCUCGAUAUGAUAUGGAUAGGUUUGGUGUAGUGUUUCGAGCAUCUCCCAGGCAGUCAGAUGUGAUUAUAGUUGCUGGAACACUCACUAAUAAAAUGGCACCAGCUUUAAGAAAAAUUUAUGACCAAAUGCCUGAACCAAGAUGGGUUAUUUCAAUGGGUAGUUGUGCUAAUGGUGGUGGUUAUUACCAUUACUCAUAUUCAGUUGUGCGGGGCUGUGAUCGUAUUAUACCUGUAGACAUCUAUGUUCCUGGAUGUCCACCGACAGCUGAAGCCCUUUUAUAUGGUCUAUUGCAAUUACAGAAAAAAGUUAAAAGGUACAAUACACUUCAAAUGUGGUAUCGUAAAUAAAUUAGGGAAGAAAUUUUUAAAUCAAUCUGAACAUCUGAAAAUUAACUCUGUAAAUAGGUUUGAGCUAUUUUGAGGCACUAGUGUCUGUAAAACACUUAAUAAUGUCGAUUUCAAUAAACCGAUAAAAGAAUUUUUAUGUUUGUGUUUUUGUAAUAUACUUGUAAUCUGAAUGGAUUUUUGAAUAAAUAAUAAAUCGAA